CGUAACUAAGGCGAUAAAUGUUACAUUCAGCUUUUAAUACUUUUCCCCCACACGUGUUUAGGAAGUUGUUUGUUAAUUGGUUUCACCUUUUGCUUAAUUGCGAUGCCUAAAGUUAAACCCGAAAAGAAGUUUCGAAAACAUGAAGAAAUUCAAAAGCAAGGAAUUGCAUUCAAUAAAACUAUUGGACAGCAUAUCCUAAAGAAUCCACUUGUAGUAAAAACCAUGGUGGAAAAGGCUGCCAUUCGAAAUACUGACACUGUAUUUGAAGUUGGUCCGGGUACAGGAAACAUGACUGUAAAAUUAUUGGAAUGUGCAAAGAAGGUCACUGCAUGUGAAGUUGAUCCCAGACUAGCAGCAGAAUUACAAAAACGUAUUCAAGGAACACCUUUGUAUAAUAAAUUACAUUUAAUAAUUGGUAAUGUCCUCAAGAGUGAUCUGCCUUAUUUCGACAUCUGUGUUGCCAAUCUUCCUUAUCAGAUUUCAUCUCCUUUUGUAUUCAAAUUAUUAUUGCACAGACCUUUUUUCCGGUGUGCUGUACUGAUGUUCCAGAAAGAAUUUGCUGACCGAUUGGUAGCAACACCUGGAAGCAAGCUUUAUUGUCGACUCUCUGUAAAUACACAGCUUUUAGCAACCGUCCAUCAUCUUAUGAAGGUUGGAAGAAACAAUUUCCGGCCACCACCAAAAGUUGAAUCUUGUGUUGUAAGAUUGGAACAGAAAGUUCCUCCACCACCCAUCAACUUUGAGGAGUGGGAUGCCAUGGUUAAAAUCUGUUUUUGUAGAAAGAACAAAACACUUUCUGCAGCAUUCAAAGUGUCUUGUGUGGUCGAUUCUCUUCAGAAAAAUUACCAAAUGUAUUGUUCUAUGAAAAAUAAGCCAAUUCCAGAAGGCUUUGAUGUUAAACAGAAAAUCAACGAUAUCCUCGUACAGUCAGGUUUUGACAAGAAGCGUGCAAGAACUAUGGAUAUUGAUGACUUUCUCAGUUUGUUGCUAGCAUUUAAUGAACAAGGAUUCCAUUUCUCUUGAAAGAAGGUAAAAUCUAUGUAAAUAAAUUAUGUAUAAAAAUACUAAA